UGACUUUCGUUUCAAUAAGAUGAAAAUAAAGAGAUAAAAGUACUCCACGAGAUAAAGGAUCGCAUAAUCACUUAACCAAUUUCAGAUAACACUCUCCUAUAUAUAUCAUACCUAUCUAUGAUUUCAUUGUAGAUCAAAAUGAGGUGCUUAAUUGCAGUGAUACUAAUUUUAUUAACAAACCACAAUGGUGAUUGUGCGAAAAUUUUGGGCGUUUUCACCGCCCCAGGACGCAGCCACUACCUCCUUGGUAGUACCCUGAUGAAAGCUUUAGCCGACAAAGGACACGAUGUCACAGUGAUUAGUUCCUUCGGCGAGAAAGAACCACCAAAAACGAAAGGGACUUACCGAGACAUAGUCACCACAGAGGUUCUAGACAACAUGAAAGAAAUGAUGAAAGGUCAGAAAAGGAAUAUGUUCGACCAAGCAGACGCAAACCCGUUCAUUACAACCGUUUUCAUGGGAUAUAUGAUGUCCAAGGCGAUGGGAGCAGCACUACGGGACGAGAAAGUCCAAAAAUUGAUUCACUCUGACGAAAAAUUUGAUGUAGUACUAGUGGAACAAUUUAUGAACAAUGCAGAGAAAGCACUGGCGACUCACUUUGGAGCGCCUUUGGUGGUUGUGAGUGCUCUGGGGGCAAACGUUUGGUCAAAUGCGUUAGUCGGUAAUCCUGCCCCCUUGUCGUAUAUUCCGUUGGUAACGACAGAUUAUUCGUUUCCCAUGACCUUCUGUCAGCGUGUUUUGAAUAGUCUUUUGUAUGUAGUCACCGAGGUGUUUUUCAAUUUGUUUGUGCACCCUGUCGAGAACGAGGUGAUUAAAAAGUACAUACCGAACGGGCCUGAUCUUUCUGACGUGCUUUACAAUGCUUCAAUAGUGUUGAUGAACUCCCACCCGAGCAUACACCAGCCGGUACCAUACGUACCCAACAUGAUAGAAGUAGGAGGGUUUCAUGUAACACCCCCAAAGAAACUCCCGGAAGACUUGCAGGAAUUUUUAGAUGGUGCGAAAGACGGUGUUAUCUAUUUCAGCAUGGGUUCUAAUUUGAAAAGUGCUGAUUUUCCGCCGGAGAAAAGGGACGCAAUUUUGAGGACGUUCUCGAAGUUGAAAGAAAAAGUUCUAUGGAAAUGGGAAGAGGAUGUUCUGCCUGGACAACCCGACAAUGUUAAGUUGUCUAAAUGGUUGCCACAACAAAGCAUCCUUGCACACCCUAAUGUCAAACUUUUUAUCACGCAUGGAGGUUUGUUAAGUACUACCGAGACUGUCUACCACGGGGUACCCAUUUUGGCGAUUACCGUUUUUGGUGAUCAAAAACUAAACGCCAGAAGUGCCAUGAACAACGGGUUUGGUCUUAUGUUACCGUACAAUGAGGUUACUGAGGAUAGGUUUACGCAAAGUAUUCAAGAAAUUUUAAACAAUCCUAAAUAUAGAAAUAACGCGAAACAGAGGUCUGAAAGUUUCCACGAUAGGCAGGUGAGUCCAAUGGACACUGCAAUUUACUGGAUCGAGUAUGUGAUUCGUCAUAGAGGAGCACCACACCUGAGAGUCGCAGCUCUUGAUCUACCCUGGUACAAAUAUUACUUGCUGGAUGUAGUUAGUUUCCUAGUUUUAGUUAGUGUGGCAACUGGAUAUAUUACUUAUUAUUUAUUCAGAGCGGUCUGUAGAAAAAUAUGCAACAAACGUAAGAGUAAAAAGGUUAAACAAAAUUAAAAUUAGGUGAAGAUCAUGACUUGUAAAAUCAGUGUUAAUAUGGCACAAGAAUAAAAUGACGAAAUACACUUGAAA